AUGAAUCGUAGCUCGGGAGAUAUUGACUACGCAGGAGACUCCAAACAGAAAUUUGAUCUUGUCGAAGAUCUGGUGAUGAGACCUGUGGAGGCCAUGAUACGGAAGCUGGACUGUAUUGAGAUCUGUGUCAUCGCGCUGCCUUCUUCAUGUUACGGGCCUGAGAAGUGUGUUGCUAUCGAGAACGGCUCACUCAUUUUUGAAAGGAGGUCUAUCAACGGACAAGAAAAUAGAAGAGAAGAACUCUGGAGGGAACUAGGUGAAUGCUCGUCUUCUGGCUUCCACGGCUAUUGGAUCCAGCUAGGCCACCGUGACCUUCACAUCCCAGAAAUGGGGUGUGGAAUCGGCAGCCCACCUGUACCUGAUGAUCACCCGCUCAACGUCCUCUAUGGAUGUCCUCAUUCACCUUGGUAG